AAAACCCUAGCUUCCUCUAAAUGCUAAAUAGUAAAUCCCUCGUCAUCUUUCCUUCUCUCCAAAACCUAAUCCACCUUCAUCCCCCGCAGCUACCUCUUUAGCCUCCAGUCCCACCCAGCGGUUUCAUCGAGCAACGACAAUGGCGCCGAAGAAGGAUAAGGCUCCACCUCCAUCCUCCAAGCCCGCCAAGUCCGGUGGAGGGAAGCAGAAGAAGAAGAAGUGGAGCAAGGGAAAGCAAAAGGAGAAGGUUAACAACAUGAUUUUGUUCGAUCAGGCGACCUAUGACAAGCUCCUUGUUGAGGUUCCCAAGUACAAGCUCGUCACUCCAUCUGUAUUGUCUGACAGAUUGAGGAUAAGUGGUUCAUUGGCACGUCGGGCGAUUAAGGAUCUGAUGGCGAGGGGCUCUAUUAGGAUGAUAUCUGCUCAUUCUAGCCAGCAAAUUUACACAAGAGCCACCAAUACCUGAUGAGAGCUGAUUAUUUCUGUCAUGGACAAAUGCUCAGUUUCCUUCUCCUGUUUUGAAGAACUCAUUCCUGCUGUUUUCAUGACAAUGAGUGUUUUUAUUGGUGACCAUAUGUCAAUUUUGUUUUCUGAACUUGAUAUUGGUAUGCACUUAGAUUGAUGAUCUGAUAUGUGAGUUUUGAAGAAUGCCUGCUCCACUUGAUAUGUAUUGUUGACAGAAGAGGAAGUGGUUGUCUUGUUACCUUUA